GCGCCGUGAGGGCGGCGGAAGCUCCCGGCAGCCCGCGGUGCCCGUGAUGGCGGCGGAGGUGGCUGCUGAGGGCACGCUCGGGCCAGCAUGGCUUUGGUCAGCCUGAAGAGUAUCCGUGUUUGUUCAGCCGGCACGCCGGCCAGCAGGCAGGUUUUGCUGGCCCUCAGCAGAAGUUUGAGCUCCGUCAGUGGGCAGCGCAAGCCCCCAAACCCCAGCGCCGUUGCCAUGAGGGAACUGUGCUCCAGGGAUAAGACCAGGUAUAUGUUUUGUCGACGAAACCACGUACAGCUGCGGGUACAGGCUCUUUCUGUUAAUGACACCGUGCAGCUUUGUGGGGACACCAGGAGCGGUCCUAAAGCUGACGGCGGAUGGAUGGAUGAACAAGUAUUUUUCAGGAAGUUGAACAGCCUCAGUACCUCCAAAGAGAUUUUUAAAUUUCUCAGCUCUCUGGAAGUCAUGUCUGAUAUUAUGGCAUCGGGGGCCCUGCAGAGGAUUUCUGAAGUUGAGGUGGAUGCCGACGGCCUGAAAAACCCUGAAGAAGUGCUAGAGAACGAAGUCUUCAAGGCAUUAUGCUUUCAGUUUGAAUUUGAAGCCUCAAAGCUGUCAAACGCCGGGCUGCUGAACGCGUUGCAGGCUUUGAUAAAGCUGCGCAUAGAUCCGGAGAGCACGCUGAUGGCAAGCUUGCUCUCAGAGAGCGAAGAACGGCUUGCCACCAGACAGCUGGCUGUUGAACAGCAGUGCUCUCUCGCAGGGAGUUUGCUUGAGUUGGAAGGCCCCAGCUGUGCAACGCUGGGACAAAUCGUGAACCACAUACAGGAAGAAGACACUGAGAACUGGACUCCUAGGGAAAUGACGAUGGUUUAUAAAAUGCUGCAGGCGACUGUCAGGGAAGGGGAACAAUACCACGACUUGCUAAACAGAAUGAACAGCGCCACUUUAGCCAUAGCUGACCAGCUAAGCCCAAAUUUCACGAGCAUAAUACUGAAUUCCCUGGUGGUUCUCCAACAGACUCGAGCAGUUUCCUUAGUCAUAGCACUCUGUAAGCAUUCUGUGAAGCAUGUUCCUUAUUUCACAGAUGAUGAGUUGGUAAAUGUACUGGAUGCCUUCCUGUGCUUUGGACAUCGUGAACAAAGUUUUACAGAUGCACUGGAAACACACGUUCCCAAGUCCAUCUCUACCAUGCAUCCUGAAACAGUCAGCAAAGUGAUGCAGUAUUGCUGCCAAAAGACAAUCCUUUCUAAGCCUAUUUUUGAUGCAGUGGCAGAAUGUUUCAUUUCUGUUGCUGACAGAUUUACCACCAGCCAGAUUGCUGAGUGUAUUGUCCCAUUUGGGACUCUUAACUAUCUUCCUCCAAGCGCUUCUUCCUUGUUUAGGAAGCUUGAAACUGUACUACAUACUCGUUUUAGUCAGUUUCAGCCUCACACCUUGCUGAACCUGCUGCACUCGUGUGUCCUUAUUCAGCGUUACCCAGUAAAUUUUCUGCCAAAAAUAUUUAGUCCCUAUUUUCUGCAACAUCUUCAAGCUCAGCCACCUGGUUUGGACAGAUUUGUUGCCUCCCAGUUAACCCGGCUUUUUCUAACCGUUACCCUGGAGUGCCCGUUUUAUGAGGGUCCCAAACUCCUUCCAAAGUAUCAAGUAAAGGCCUUUCUCACUCCUCACUGUUCUCUGGAUUUUCACCUCCUCAAAAGGGUGAAGGCUGGACUACUUUAUUUACUGAAAAAAAGAAUAUAUUUUGCAUCAGAGGUAUCAACACCGUAUUUCUAUAUAGUUGAUAUUGAGAUUAAACUAGAUGAAGAAGGCUUUGUUUUGCCUGCUGUUCAAUGUGAGGAGGUACACAGACGAAUUGCCCUCUGUGUCGAUGGUCAAAAUAGGUUCUGCAUUAACAGCCACAAUCUGCUGGGAGAGGAAGCUAUCAAACAGAGGCAUCUUCAGUUACUUGGUUAUAAAGUUGUGCAGGUUCCAUUUUUUGAGAUAGAAAGUCUAAACACUAGCAGAAAAAUGGCAGAAUAUCUACACAAAAAAAUCUUUCCUCGCACAUAUGGACUUGGCUGCUGACACUUGGGAAUAAUACUUCUUCACAACUUGACCUCCUGUACCAUGAAGUGCACAUAUUGUGCGUGGAAGAGCAAUUCUGUUUUCUAAGUAACUCCACGUACGAUGAUUUCAGCUUCUGAAUGUGUGACCUUCCAAUAUUUGGAAGAAUUGACAUGUAAAGAGUAAUAAAGAGCAACAUAUUUUCUUAAGUUUUGUGUAAAUAUUUGUUACAGGACAGAUGAAAGUCUCAAACAGUCAGUGCUGCAUUUCCCUUUUAUUUUCACUGGUUCAAACUCACAACUUUAUAUAGACUGGUGUGGCUAUUUAAGGAUACUAACUGUCGCUGUAUGUACAAAAUGUGCCAUGUUACCUACCACUAUUUUUUUUUUGACAGUAUAAAAGGAAAUUAUGCAAAUUACUCAUAGGUGGUCGUAUGAGUUCCCAAGCGUUUCAUAAAACUAGAUUUUAUAGUGGCUGCACAAGCACUAUUGGCUUAUAGCACAUAGUUAAGAGCUGUAGAGUGCUGUUCACUGAAUAGUCAUGCCUUACAGAAAAUAAGAAUUUCUAUGAAAGGUGUUCCUUUGUCACUACCUGAGCAUUAAAGUGAGAAGUCAGUCACUCAGAACUGAAUGAGGAACAAGUAGGAGGAGGAACAACACAUGAAAAGCUUUCAGAAGUGAGGAGGGAUGAGAAGGGAUUGAAAGAGAAGGGGGUGACAUAAGCAAGGAAAUCAAUAAACUGACACUGUAUCCUGAUGACUCACUCCUUUGUCUAGGGUGGAAGUGAGCCGCUGAUGCGUAUUCCUCACAUUGGCCAGAAGGUGGUGGUGUUCUCAAACAUUUAUUUUCCCGUAGUUUUUUCGACACAGAUGGUUUGUAAAUAUAGAAAAACUACUUAAAAGAAGUAAUUUGUACUGACUGUACUAAACUAAAAAUAACCUUUAC